AUGGCGCCCCCUGCUGAGGACCAUUACUGCCGUCAGUUCCAGCCGAACACCUUUGACCCCUCCCGCUGCAGCUCCUGCCUGCGACCAGAUCAUAUGCAUCUCAGCAGCAAGGCUGCGGCCGCCGCUGCUCCACAACAGGAAAGUCCACACGAGUCGGAUACAAAUGAUGAUGAUCGCGCCCCAUCCGAGGAGACAAGUGCCAGUAGCGAUGAUGUCAGCGGUGGAUGGACGUACGAGUGGAGUCUUGUCCACAGUCUGAGUCCUGAGUGGGAACUUAAUAUCUGUGUCACUGACAUACAAUCCAGCUCUCCAAAUCAGUGGGACUGUCCCGAGAGGAGCAGAUCCCUCAGCUCAGAGAGGCACCGUGUGGCCCAGAGAGAUAUGACCCGGCUGGACCCUUCUCCCCACAGAGCAGCUGAAGGUACCUGGAUGGACGAGAGGAGGGGCAGAGACCAGUCCCGUCGGCCAUCAGAGUCCAGAGGAUUCAGGGAACAAGAGAGUGGCUACUUCUCUCCCGACAGAAAAGGCGAUGGUGAGCGGCAGAUGGAGGAAGUCAACAAAAGGCCGUAUCGUUACUACGAGCGGGGACACCCCCUCCCCAGCAACUACACGUGUGAGCCCAAGGCCUGCGUCCCCUACAGGAAUGUCAACCUUGGCGUGCCCUCCCAAAGGAGGAACACAGACACGUACAUUCAGGAAAUUUGGAGAAGCGAAUCCCCACAGAGGUACACGUACCACUCCAACUUCAGACGGGGAACUGACUCAGAGAGAAACUCGCCAACCCGUCACAGCUCUGUGAGUCCUGACCGCUACAAGUUACCAGAAUCUCCUGUGGGACCUCAGAGAGGGAGCUCCCUCUGUAGGAGUCAGGCUCGCUCACACGCCUCAUCUCAGCUUCCAUCUCAUGCUCCUUCUCGGCAUCCAUCAGGCAGGUCCAGUCCAUCUCGCAGGAGACGGUCCAUUGCCUCUCGGACCGGCUCCCCCCCAAGGGCUCCCCCUUCUCACAGGAGCACAGACUCCUUCCACUUACAGAACGGUGACUAUGAGGGUCCGAGGGGAGGCAGCCGAGAGUCGAGGAGUCCAUCCAGAGCUUCAGUCAAGCACAGUUUGGACUCUGAGAAACUCUACAGGAACCUGGAGUUUAUCUCCCGCCGUGGCUCCUCUGCCAUUCAGCAGAACUCCUACGAAGCAUCUCAAGCCUCUCCGAGAACCAGAACAAGCAUGAACAGCUCGGCCAACACUCGCACUCGUAAUAGCCGGGAAGUAUCGCCAACCAGGAACAUGUAUGGUACGCACAGCCCCACGCCGCGGAGGGAGGCCCACUCCAGAGAUAGCAGACAGAGUCCCUCUCAGGGCUCGUGGCAGGGGUCCGCACACUCCUUACUCAGCCUCCCUCCAUCACAUGGCUCCUCUACGUUGAGACGAGGUGCAGACUUUCAGGUGCUCGGCAGUUCAGGGUCCCAUGAUGCAAUCACUGAAACUGAUAAGGGCAGUGAGGGGAACAAUAAGGUCAGCACCGACAGGAGCAGGAGCAACAUGAGACGAGGCAUGGAGGUCUUGCUGAUCUCUGAACCCAAGAAAGAAGCAAUAGAAACUGAGGAGGUGGGGAUGACCAUAGACGACUACAUAGUUCUGGCUGAUGUUCCAAAGAUCCAGCUGGAGUCAGAAGAAGAAAUUCCAGGACUAAGGAGGAGGAACCAGAGUCCCAGCCCAUGUAGAGACCCCAGUAUCAGGUCAUACAGGGACCAAGAUGAAACAGACGUCUACAGUUCAAGGCUUGAGCCGGAUGAGAGGGGCCGAGUCAGGGAGAGAGGGAGAGACAGACGAGAGAAAUGUCGGGACUCCGAGAACGGACGGUCAUCUCGGAGGCCGUCCGCAGCAUCUCUUCAUACACAGAGUUCAGGUCAUCAGAGUGGAAAACACAGAUCUUCAAAACCGAGGGAGGAAGCUUCUCCUGAACACCUGCAAACACAGGGGUGGAUGUCCAGACUGGAUGAACAGGGGAAGUGGAGGAAACACUGGUUUGUUCUGGGUCAUACUUCGCUGAGGUUCUACAGAGACUCGGAGGCUGAGGAGUUGGAUGAUCUGGAUGGAGAGAUCGACCUGACGUCCUGUGUGAACGCGUCCGAUUGUGACGUACAGAUCAACUACGGACUCCAAAUACAAACAAAGAGAGCAGUGUUCACUCUCUCUGCUGUGACCUCCAGAAUACGGCGGAACUGGGUGAAGUUACUAAAGCAGGCUAUCCAGAACAACACGCACCAAUCAGACACCGGCAGUGAGAAAGAGAACCCCAGCUCUCGGAGACCGUCGUCAUGCCAACCUCUUUCUCGCUUCACCUGCAAGGACUCUGGUUAUGAACCAACCACUUCCACUUCUACCACAGCUGCAAACUCCCAUCAGGCCGAGUACAACCGCCGCCACCAGAGUGUAGACGGGCAUCUGCACUCAGACUUAUCUCUGGCCAGUCACAGAGGAGAAGGGGAGGGCUGGGACCGCGAGCAGGCGAAGAGAUUGGAGGAGAGGAACAGGUGGUUUGAGGAGGGGGUCCCCUUCAGUGAGAUGGGUUGCAGGUGGGAGUCCAUGGAGCUGAAGAAGGGGAGUGUGCCUGUGCCUGUUAUCGAAACCAUGGACUCAGAGGUCAACAGGAAGUGGGUCGAAUUCGAAACGCUAUCAUUUAGGGACAUGAGUCCGCAGUCUCUCAUUGGAGCCCAGGCUUCUCAGUCAAGCCCCCCCCAGGCACCACAGUCUCCAGUUACCACCCAGACUCAUGAGUCGAGCCUUGAGGAGGCCAAACACUCUGCCACUGGUUCACAGGCAGAUUUAAAAAGCUCAAAGGAAGCUCCCUCAUCUUUAAAUGGUGUCCAAACCAUUCAAACUAAUACAGCUGAAGCUCUUCAGAAGGAGGCUCUCUCCCUGCAAAAGCAAGUGGAGAGCAUCAAGAAAGAGCGUGCAGCCAUGGGGAUAGAGGUGGACAGCCCCUGUGGCCCUGGGGCCCCCUGUAGGGCCAGCCUGGAAGCCAUGGAAAUUGCCCAUCGGAAAGCUCUGCAGGAGCUGCAGGAGAAACACAGGAGGGAGAUGAUGGAGCUGGAGCAGCAGAGAGACAAGAUGCUGCAGGAGGAGAGCCAGGCGGCUGCUAAAGCUAUGGAGGUUCUGAGAGCAGCUCACAGAGAGGAGGUGGACAAAGCCAGGAGGUCAUCUGCAGGGGCCGCUCACGUGGACACGUCAUACAGGGGCCACAUGCCCCAGGCAGAAGUCUUCCACAGUGAGUUAGAUGUGCUGUCAGAACGUUACUCUCAGAAGUGCUUGGAGCUGAACCGCACUGAGCUGAGUAGCAAGAGCCAAGAGACCGAGCUCGGCCGCAAGGAGAGAGAGCUGGAGCAGCUUCGCAGAGAGAACCAGGAACUUAAGGCCAAACUAGCAGAAGAGAUCAGCCGCAUGCGUUACUUCAUCACAGGGCAGAGGUCGGACACUGUGUCUCUUGGCAGCGCUGCGUCAGAUGUGGAGAUGCUGCUGAGAGCAAAAGAAAACGAGGUGCAGUAUCUUAAGAAAGAAAUCAGCUGUCUGCAGAAUGAAGUGCUGUCUCUCAACAAGGAAAAAGGAGCAGCUUAUGAGCAUUAUAAGGAGGCCUACGUAGAGCUGAGUGACACGAGGGGUCGCAGCCAGCUGGAGAUGGGCGCGCUCAACGAACACUUGAGACUGGCCAACGCUGCACUUCAGGAAGGAGCAAGACAGACCUGACCAAUGAGGACAGAUGUGUAUUUACUUUAUCUGGAAAAAUCCAAGCAAGCCAAUAACUAAUCUAACGACAUCUUUAAAUUACAAUAAUGUGUGUUACGAGUGGAUCUGGCUUAAACGAGUCAGAAUAAGAAUUGUGGCAAAGAACUGUGUACUUGCAACACCAUGCGUAAGACUGUAAAGAUUAAACAAGUGUUUUCCACAUGUAA